AUGGAAAGGAGGCAACCUGUGAGGAGGUCAGCGAGAGCGAAAAUACCAAGAAUAGAUAAAGAGUUCAUAAUUGACGAUUCCGAAUCAGGACUUUCUGAGGACAAAGGGGAACCACUGAAACGGACUAAAGGGAAGAAGAUGAGCUACCUUGAGGUUGCCGGUUCCGAUACUGAAGAGGGCGUCAUCGCCAGAAGCAGGAAGUUGAUAAGUGAAGAUGAAGAAGGAUUUGUACCUGAAAAAGAAGAAGUGAGGGAAGAUGAGGAAAAUGAACCUGAGGAAGUUGAGCCUGUAGAAGAAGUCCAAGAAGUUGAAGGAGCUUUAUCAAUUUGUUAA